GUCAACGUUGGGCUCAAUUAUUUAACAUAGAUUGAUGUAUAGAUUAUGCACCAAUUAGGAAUUAGUCCCCGCCCCCCUGGGCUGGCCAGGUAAAAUCAUCUGACAAGCUAACAGGUGUGCACGCAGUUUUUUGGCAACACAAACAUCGUAGCAGCGAUUCCAACGUUUUUUAAACUCCAACCUGCGUUGUUUAUCUUUAUUUUUAUUACUGUUGUUUUUUUUUAUUACCGUGUGCGUGGGAGAAGGCGUGAGCAAGAAAGUGGACCAGGUUGCAACGAGCGUUUGAUUCAGUCGACAAGAGAUUGAAAAAAAAACCACGCAGACUGGAGCUGGGAGAAAAGAGGCAACGAGAGAAAGGUUUCCACCAUGGACAGAAUGUUUGACAACCUUGCAAAAACUGAGUUUAUUAGCAUCUUUGUUGGAAAUCCAAAGCUCCAAAAACAGGACUACUGGCACACGCAUGUCGAUUAUGAAAUCAGUCUCCACACAAAUAGCAUGUGUUUUCGCAAGAAGGCUUCCACAGUGAGGCGACGUUACAGGGAAUUUGUUUGGCUGCGACGGUGUCUGCAGCAAAACGCUCUCAUCAUAGAAAUCCCCAAAUUGCCCUCUUGGAAUCCUUUCUUCAGCAUAAGGAACGUAGAGCAGAUCAGACAAAGGAUGAAAGGCCUGCAGGAGUUUUUAGAAAAUGUUCUUCACACGCCGUUGUUUCUGUCAGACAGUCGAGUCCAUCUGUUCCUCCAGUCAGGGCUCAGCGUCAAAAAGAUGCAGAGGUGCGCUUUUGGCAAAACCCGAUACACAGUGGCUGAGGCCAUCCAGCGCUUUGACGGUGGCUGCAUCGCUACGUUAGAUGAAGAUAAGGAGUCAUGUGACUCUGAUUGCGAGAGCACCUUUUCGUCAGGCUUUGGCUUAAGUGUGGACAGCGCCAUUCACGGAAGCUCCAUCCUCUCCUUUGAGUCGUCCGACAAAGAUGGAGAAUUGUGCACUUGUGAUUUAAUUGCCUGCAAAAUAAUUCUUUGAACAUCCAUGGAUGACAUUUUCCAUUACUACAAAAACAGUUCCUUAUGUCCUUUUUUUUUUUUUAAAUAUUUUUUUGUUAAAGUAAUGCCAAUUAUUUCAAUCUGUGUACGAAAAUAAUUUUUCAUGUUUUAAAAAAAAAAAGUAUCGUAAAUCGACAUUUCUAAAUUCUUAAUCGAAAAUCCCAUGUUGAUAUUUUUAUCUCCGAAGCCGAGGUUAGUCAUGUAUGUUUUGCAAUUAUUUUAGAGAAAAUGAUCUGAUGAUACUUUUCUGCUCUGUUUAAAGGAUGAAUAAACUGAUUUUUUUGAAGAAUUUCUCUUCCAGUACUGUGCUGAUUGUUUCGCAAAGUCCGCUGACAUGAGCUGUGCGCAGUGCGGCCCAGUAGAGGGAGUUGAGACAUCACAAGAACCUUCGGGAAGGGAAGCAUUGCCACAAUCAGUACUUGCUAAUAUUUCUACGCUGCCACCAAAAUAUCUUCCUCCAUUGCAACCACUUGUCUGGCUCCAGGGUGGUGACGGAAAGAAGACGGCGUCCUCCGUUUGACAGCUUUCCAGCGGAGGCGCCGAGAUGGGUCCCCGGGCGUCUCGCCCGGAUCGCCGCGUAAACCCAACUGAGCUGCUGGGGAGGAGGUCGGCCGGUUGAGGAAGAGGAGGAAGGUGAGCGAAGAGCAAACAGCAGGUAAUGAACGGCAGAUGGCUGCACGUACACGUCCUCCCCGCAGAGCUAUCA